AGAACAGGAGAACAGGAAGACAGGGGACAGUAUUCUUGCUGGUGUUGGAGGGGUGGCAGAGUCCAGACCAAAUCUGCAGCCAUGGAUGAUGUGUAUAAAGCAGCGGUAGAGAACUUGACUGAGGAGCAGAAAAAUGAGUUCAAGGCUGCCUUUGACAUCUUCAUACAAGAUGCUGAGGAUGGCUGCAUCAGCACCAAAGAGUUGGGGAAGGUGAUGAGGAUGCUGGGGCAGAACCCAACCCCUGAGGAGUUACAGGAGAUGAUCGAUGAGGUGGAUGAGGAUGGCAGCGGCACAGUUGAUUUUGAUGAAUUCUUGGUCAUGAUGGUUCGCUGCAUGAAAGAAGAGAGCAAAGGAAAAUCAGAGGAGGAGCUGGCUGAACUUUUCCGCAUGUUUGAUAAGAACGGUGAUGGUUACAUUGACUUAGAUGAACUGAAGGGAAUGCUGGAAUCCACCGGAGAGCCCAUUACAGAAGAUGACAUUGAGGAACUGAUGAAAGAUGGAGACAAAAACAAUGAUGGCAAAAUUGAUUAUGAUGAGUUCCUGGAGUUCAUGAAAGGUGUUGAAUGAAAUCCACUGGAUGGUUCUGCUCAUUCCAAUAGUGGCUUCACUGUGCAACACCAUCAGUCAAUUCCUGAAGAUAUGUCUCCACGUUUUUAUAACAAGUACCCUCAUUUCUGAUAUUUCUAAACAAGAUGUUAUGUGAAUAAACUACUAUAAAUAAA